AUGGAAAGCACUCUAGACCUCCUAGGCACGAUACCUGACCCACCUUCCCCUCCCUCCCCACCUUCCCCCCCAGACACACCGACCCCUACCCCACGGGUAGAACACAACGACGACGGCACCCACAGUGACCUAGGGAGCUCUAUUCAUGCCCUGGGAAACCCUGCAGACGACCAAAUGAUGUGCAACCCACCAAGCCCAAACUCCGGACACACACAAACUGCCGAAGAACAAGCCAUUCUAGCUCACCUGGAAUUGGCGGAAAUGAACAGAUCGGUACUAAGCCAAAGCGGCCUCAACAACCGCUCAACCCUUCCCCAGUUCACCCCCACCCCAAACAGGGGCUUUCCAAAAGUGCACAUGUCCCACUCGGCUCAAAUUUUUGACCACUUAGAAACCAAGGUCCUACUCGCAUGGUUCCAAGUCGGGCACCCCAAAUUCAUGAUUCGAGUCUUCGACUACUCCGGAAAAGACGUCGCUGAACAAGCUGCAAUCAUCGCAGAACGCAUCUGGGCCAGUAUAACAACAAUAGCCGAAUUCAUUAGCCAAGACGCCCCACCUGUUUGUGUCUCCCCCCCCCAACCCCAAGGCGGUAAGGGAUCUAGAGAUCAACCAACCGGAUUCUUAGUCCAUCAAGUAUCAGAAGAGACCAUGAAUCUAAUCCUGAGCCAACGUAUCUGGUCCACAACAGAUAUAACGUUUGAAGCCUUGCUGUUUAACUGCUCCCACCCCCCAGAACUUCUCUUCUGCCUCUCCGGCUUCACUACCCUCAACGCAGACACCGUCCGUCAAACCGUGGUCGAGGUCUGGUCUCAAGACGAGAUCAGGUGCCAAAUCAAAGAUUGCCUCUCAAAUGCGGGCUGCCCGACGACGAACAAAUAUACAAAGCCGCGCGAGACUUGA